AUAACCGGAACACACUCAUGUAUAGAUUUGAAAAAGACAAUAAUAUCCUUAACGUGACCUUAUCAACCCUAAUCUUCUCCCGAUUACUAAACUUUUACCCCCAAAUCUUUCCCCAAAACGAAUUGAAGAAGAUUACUUUCUUCUCUUUGGACCUUUCCACUAACCUUCUUCAAAUCUAUUUAAGUUAUUCUUCACAGUGCUCAUUUGGAGCUCCCUGAAUGGUUUGUUCAUUGGCUUCAAAAUUGUUGGCCCUCUUAACUUCUUUACCUGACUGAAAAAAGUUAGCUCUCUUGCCUUCUUGGGUAAGACAAUGGUAAGUUGGUCAUUGCAUGGAAUGAAGUCAUAAUUUGUAUUGGUUGCCCCAUGGAAGACCACACUUUUGUUGUUGGUCAGGAGUUCCCUGAUGUCAAGGCCUUCCGUAAUGCUAUUAAGGAAGCUGCCAUUGCACAGCACUUUGAGCUGCGUGUUAUAAAGAGUGACCUUGUCCGUUACUUUGCCAAGUGCGCCACAGAAGGAUGUCCAUGGCGUAUUCGUGCAGUUAAGCUUCCCAAUUCUCCAACUUUCACAAUUAGAAGUCUUGAAGGAACACAUACUUGUGGGAAAAAUGCACAAAAUGGGCACCAUCAAGCUUCUGUGGAUUGGAUUGUGAGUUUUAUAGAGGAACGACUACGGGAUAACAUCAAUUACAAACCAAAGGAUAUAUUGCAUGACAUUCAUAAACAAUAUGGGAUCAUCAUACCAUACAAGCAAGCUUGGCGUGCAAAGGAACGGGGACUUGCUGCUAUUUAUGGCUCUUCAGAAGAAGGAUACUGCAUGCUUCCCACAUUUUGUGAGGAAAUAAAGAAAACAAACCCUGGAAGUAUUGCAGAGUUAUUCACCACUGGUGCAGAUAACCGUUUCCAGCGGCUAUUUGUUUCCUUUCAUGCAUCCAUAUGUGGAUUCUUGAGUGGAUGCUUGCCUAUUGUUGGGCUUGGUGGAAUCCAGCUUAAAAGCAAAUACCUCGGUACUUUGCUUUCAGCAACUGCUUUUGAUGCUGAUGGUGGUUUAUUUCCUCUUGCAUUUGGCGUUGUUGAUACAGAAAAUGAUGAUAGCUGGAUCUGGUUCUUAUCAGAGUUGCAUAAGGCUUUGGAGAUGAAUUCUGAGAAAAUGCCACAGCUCACUUUUCUAUCAGAUGGUCAAAAAGGCACUUUAGAUGCAAUAAGGAGAAAGUUCCCAAAUUCUUGUCAUGCCUUUUGCAUGAGCUAUCUUAGUGAAAGCAUUAGCAAAGAGUUCAAGAACUCAAGGCUUUUCCAUCUUCUCUGGAAAGCUGCAUAUGCUACAACUACGACUGUUUUUAAAGAGAAAAUGGCUGAAAUAGAGGAGGCUUCUCCUGAAGCUGCAAAGUGGAUACAGCAAUUUCCUCCUUCCCGCUGGGCAUUGUUGUAUUUCGAAGGGACACGUUAUGGGCACCUCUCAUCAAACAUUGAGGAAUUUAAUCGUUGGAUUCUUGAUGCUUUAGAGUUACCCAUAAUACAGGUGGUUGAGCAAAUUCACAACAAAUUGAUGUCUGAGUUUGAGGACCGUCGAACUAGAAGUCAUUCUUGGUUUUCUGUACUAGCCCCUAGUGCUGAGACACGCAUGCAAGAAGUUAUCAGCCGUGCAUCAACAUAUCAAGUUCUGCGGUCAGAUGAAGUAGAAUUUGAGGUUAUAUCAGCUGAACGAUCAGACAUUGUGAAUAUUGGGAAACACUCUUGUUCAUGUCGUGAUUGGCAACUUUAUGGAAUACCUUGUGCACAUGCUGCGGCAGCAAUCAUGUCAUGUCGAAAAGAUGUAUAUGCUUUCGCAGAGAAAUGCUUUACAGUUGCCAGUUAUCAUGAGGCAUAUUCAGAAGAGAUAUACCCCAUUCCUCAGAAGAUUGACUGGAACAAGUUCGAUGAGGCGCCUAGUACUUUGAAUGAGGAUGCUCAAGUCGUGCGACCGCCCAAGUUUCGUCGGCCUCCAGGACGCCCUGAAAAGAAACGGAUAUGCGUAGGGGAGCUUAAUCGUGAGAAACACACGGUGCAUUGUAGCAGAUGUAACCAGACCGGUCACUAUAAAACAACUUGCAAAGCAGAUAUUAUGAAGGUUAUUGAUUCUAGCCUUGUAGGAUCUAAUUUUGUACUUAAGUAGGUUGUAGAUUAUGAAUAUGGUACUAGGGUGGCCAUAUUUAAUUCUGCACCCAAUGUGAAAUAGGAAAUCUCCAUUGUAUCUCUCAGUAUGUAUGUAUGUAUGUAUGUAUAACUGGAUUCAAGUUCGUAUGGCUCUGGCUUUAGUUUUGCAACUUUUGCUCUUGAUGAGAAAUUCAGUUGGGCCUUUUAUUGCACUCAAA